AUGGAUAAUUCAAACAUCUCUAAAAUUGGUACUUUGGAAGAAGAAGACCAAUCACCACCUUCUCCAACUUCUACUGAUUUCGAGAUUAUUAGUAAUUACGAAGAUGAUAUAAUAAGCAUUUCAUCUAGUCAUGAAAAUUUUGAUGAGUCGAUUGAUGAAUCAUCCGAUGAAGAAUCAGAUUCUGAUGAUGAAAAUCCAGUCGAAUUAUUAAAUGACUCGGAUUUUUUGUAUUCUGAUAGUGACGAUAACCAAACAAUAUAUGAUGGCGACCUUCCUAAAAGUUCUAGAAAAUCUACUUCGUCUGACUUUCUUUCCGAUUCAAAUUCAUUUGACAAUGUUCAGAUAUCUGGUCUAUGCGAACCUCACAAUCCUAAUGAUUGGU